AUGGAGAAUUUGGAUACCAGAGAAAUAUCCAGAGAACACCAUUCAUCUUCUGAUUUCUCCAACUUUGAGACAGAGUCUGUGCACCACACAGACAAGGAGAUUCAAGCAGAUCUGGAUCAUACUAGCAAUCUGGAAGGGUCUGACUAUUUUUAUCAAGGAGGCAAUGUAGAAUUCAAGGACAUGCAGGCAGGAAUUGAGUUUGCUGUGCAGAUAACCCCAAUUAAAGAUUCAAAAAAACAUAAGGAAAACAUGGAUGCUGCAAGGGAUACUCCAGGUUCUUCCUACUUUCCUGAUGAUAUGACAGAAAUCUUAGACAACAAAAGCCAAGCAGAGCAGAUGGUAAUCACCACACAAAGAGGGGGCAAUGCUAUGCCACCAGAAAUAUACCCCGGGAUAGGUGAGGCCAGCAGUUUGGAAAGGAUGGGCCAUCUGAACAGAAGGCAGAUCACAACCACUGAUCUUGACUUGGAGAAGAUGAGGUUGGAUGGUGCCAUGGUUAGGCUAAAAUACAGGCAUGAAGAUAAUGAAAAGCGGCGGCUGCAUGAAAUAAAAAUGGAACAGUUACACCAAAAGGCUUCCUCUCAAUCAAUUGGACAACAACUCCAUGAAUUAUUCCAGCCCCAGAACCAGUAUGCCCUAUUUUUUUUCUGCUUCAUCUUUACCCAUGUUAUUUACACAGUAAGGGAGCUGGUUUUCUAUUUUAUUACAAAGCAUCACAUAUUCUGCUAUGCCAUUUUGCUGUAUCUUGGUUUCUUGAAGAUUCUCAUGGAUUACAAACAGAGAAAAAAACAAUCUUGGAACAGCAGCAGACUCUAA